CCAAAGGUACUCCUCAUUACUGCAACAGACUGAUAGACAGAGAGCAGGGGAGGGCUGGACACAGUGCUAAGAGAGGAAGAGGGACAGAGAGUGAGAAACUGUGAACAGGGCAAGUUAGAAAAUAAGCAGUCCUACUUGUGUGCUCACCUUUCCUUGACUGCUGCCACCCCACUCCACUACCUGAGGCGCACAUACACACACAUGCACACACACACAGGCUUGCUGUAGGGAGGCUUAGAGGGCUGACUCUCCAGGGAAGAAGGGAAUUAAAUACUUUUGUUUCCAAUCCACCGCGUCCACACUCAGGACACAAAAAGGGAUUACAGCUUGAACGCCUGCCCCACUUGUUUCUCUCUUCUCUGCGCAUUUUGUCUUCACUGAGUUACUUUGGGGACUUUGGAUACAACCUUCUUCAAUUGUUGGUUUGAGCUCAGAGAAGCAUGGCACACGGACAAAAGAGCCCCAGUUGGGCAUUAACCCAGGGCUCCUUCAGCUUGGCACUGGGCCUGUCGCUCUUCUCCCUCCUCCUCCUCCUCCUUACCGUCUCGGCUGCAGAUGAGUACGACUACUACAGCUGGCAGUCGGACAACUUCCACAAUGGCCGCUUCUACACCAAGCAGCCCCAGUGUGUGGACAUACCAGCUGAUCUGCGACUGUGCCACAAUGUGGGCUACAAGAAGAUGAGGCUGCCCAACCUACUGGACCACGAGACCAUGCCAGAAGUCAAGCAGCAGGCAGGCAGCUGGGUGCCCCUCCUGGCCAAAAGGUGCCAUGCUGAUACCCAGGUCUUUCUGUGCUCACUGUUUGCACCAGUGUGCCUGGACAGGCCCAUCUAUCCAUGCCGCUCGCUGUGUGAGGCUGUGAGGGACAGUUGUGCUCCGGUGAUGGAGACCUAUGGCUUCCCCUGGCCUGAGAUGCUGACCUGUGAUAAGUUUCCCAUUGAUAACGACCUCUGCAUCCCCAUGCAGUUCACUGGGAACCAUGCGACCCAACCACCAGUGUCGAAGGUGUGUCCCCCGUGUGAUAAUGAGCUGAAAGCAGACAACAUCAUGGAACACUACUGCGCCAGUGAUUUUGUGCUCAAGAUGAAAAUCAAGGAGGUGAAGAAGGAGAAGGGUGACCGAAAGCUGAUCGCAGCACAAAAGAAGAAGAAAGUGUUGAAGCAGGGUGUGCUGAGGAAGAAGGACCUGAAGAAACUGACCCUGUACAUCAAGAAUGGUGCCAACUGCCCAUGCUCCCAGCUGGACAGCCUGGGCUCCAACUUCCUCAUCAUGGGCCGCAAAGUGGACCAGCAACUGCUGCUCAUGUCCAUUCACAAGUGGGAUAAGAAGAGCAAGGAGCUCAAGUUCGCUAUUAAGUACAUGAAGUCUCAUCAGUGUCCCACCUACCACACCGUCUUCCAGUGACGCAGCUCACUGUGCUGUUCACAGAAUCCAGGAUCACUACCCACGUUCCACCCUGUUCCACGUAGAUCCUAAUUCUCUGUCCAAUAAUGUGUCCCUGAACCCCAGAUCCAUGCAAAAUCUAUUACCAGCCCACUACAUAGUACUACAAGGGUCACAGUGUGGUCAAGCUUUUAUUUUCUGCAGCUUUAAACACGAAUAGUCAAGAGGGUUGUCCUGAUCUGCUUACAUGAAUCGGGAAUAUUAACGUUGAAGAGGGGAAAAGCUGCACACACUGCAGUUCCCUCUGAAUAAUAAUAACCCCAAAAAAAAAUAGAUUUUAUAAAAAAAAAAUUGGGUGAUGGACUUUUAUUUAGAAAAAACAGACAUUUUGAUCUUCCCCUGCAAUUUAACAGAAUCUUCUUUAACAUUUCUACUUUCCUCUUCUGAUAUAGUAAAACAAAUCACUUGUAUGAUACCUUACAGGAACUUUAUCAAUUACACAGUAGCAUUAAGAAAUGGGAACGUAAAGAUGUGAGGAAAAUGUUGGAGGGAAAAAUAUGUUCGAUAACGUAAUGAUUACAGACUGAAUGGAAAGGGAGCUGAGUGGAAAGGCGGGUUUGUUUCAGUGUAAAAACAUCUGACAGAGAUCACAUGCUACAGAAUAUGUAGGCUGAGUAAUGGGCCAGUGUGCAUACUGGCACAGAGCUCCCAGGAACAACAAAGCAGAGAAAUGUAGAUGAUCCACUUAACUGUAUGUUUUAAUUAUGUAAAAAAAAAAAAAAUGUAGGUAAUUUGGA